AUGUGUAGGAAUUGUCUCCCUAUCAUUCUUGGCGGUCUUACCUCACCUAUCCUUGCAACCUAUGGGGAUUACCUCCUCGGGUUGCUGAGCCCUGGAUGUUUAAGGGUUGUUCCUUUAUCAUUCUUGGCGGUCUUACCUAUUCUAUCCUUGCAAGGUCUGGGGAUUGAUUGCCUUCUCGAGUUGCUGAGCCCUGGAUGUGUUGUCCCCCCAUCAUUCUUGGCCGUCUUACCUCACCUAUCCUUACACUGA